GACAUGGUGGCGAAUAUCUAACAGUGAUUGAUGUACCAUAUUGGUGUGUGAACUUGGAAAAAAAUUUCCACCCCCUCUGCUGCUCUCUUCUCUUACAAAUAAUGAGUGGGGUCUCAUUGAAAAAGUUGACUGGUUGCAGGUUGCUUUGACUCAAGUGCAAGAUUUCCUCCUGCACAUGGCCUUCCAUUUCCUAAGUACCCACCACCGGUUUGUGAGAGAAGAGAGCAGUGCUCCCGGGAGUAGUGAAAAUUUGUGGGUUGCUUGACUCAAGUGCGAUGUCCUCUCCUAGUCCUCGCCUUCCAUUUUCAAAUUACUCACCGGCCAAUGAAUCUGAUCUUCCUUCAUUCCCUACUACUCCAAAUACGAAUUAUGCCGAUUCUUCUGGUGCUAGUUGUUAUCACGGUCAUGCUACUUUCGAUUAUAUUUCUGGUAACACUCCUUCACCUGCUACUUCCACUUCCAGAAUUGUUGACGGUAUGGAUUUUGGCUAUCAGUCAAAGUGGAGUGGGUCGGAAAUGUGGGGCAUCAGUGACGGAACGCUCACCAUAGAUCCGUUUCAGGAGUUGGUAAAUUUAAUUGUAGACCCGGAUAAUGGAAUUCAUGUACCAUCAUCAUCACGACAAAGUAUUUAUGAUGAAGCAGACUCUAACGAAAAUGGAUUACAAUCUGAAUUGCCUGCUAUGAAUGAGGAAAGGCAUGUUGAAAGCCAACUUACAGUUGUACCAGAAAAAGGGAUGGAAUUCUCAUCCGAGGAGGAGGCUUAUGAGUAUUACAAGAAUUAUGCUCAACAAAUUGGUUUCUCUGUACGAAAAGGAAAGGUAAACCGCUUGGCAGAUCAAACCAUUAGAAAACGAUAUUUGUAUUGUUCCAGAGAAGGUAUCAAAUCGAGCAAGUCAUCAUCCAACAACAUAACCAAGUACCAGAGAAGAGAAACAAGAACAGGUUGCAAAGCUGGCAUCCAACUUACCGUUGAAGGUGGCAAAUGGGUGAUAUCUAAUGUGGUACUUGAACAUAAUCAUGACCUUGACAGGUCAACAGCACAAAGGUCUGUAUGUAGCAGUGCAAGGGAGGAAAAUUUAUUCACUGAUUAUUUCACUGAUUAUAACUCUAAGGAGCCUGAUCCUUCGACAGAGCACCCUAUCGACCGUAUUAAUGCUUCAAUUAGUAAAGAGGGUGGGGCCACAAACAACUUGGAUUCCAGUAAUUAUCUGCCUCAUAGCACCUUGAAUUCUCUACAACCACAUCAUGUUCAGAGCUUAAUAGAUUGCUUCAAACAUUUGCAAGUAGAUGAUCCCUCAUUUUUAUACACAAUCCAAGUUGAUGCUGAAAGCCACUCCACAAACUUCUUUUGGAGGGAUGGCAGGUCAAGGAUUGACUAUGAUUGUUUUGGUGACGUUCUGGUUUUGAAUAAAUCAUUUGAGGUUGUCCAGCUGGAAAGAUGCAAUAUGAUUUGUGCAUCGUUUUGGGGCGUUAAUCAUCAUCAGCAAUGUAUCUUAUUUGGGUGUGCUUUGUUGUUUGAUGUAACUAAAGACUCCUUUCUCUGGUUGUUGAAGACUUUUAUGGAAACAAUGGGUAACCGUCCACCAAAAACAAUCUAUACCGACGAGUCUGAAGCCGUUGCUAGUGCAGUAAAGGUGGUUUUUCCAGAGACAGAGCACCGUCUUGGUAUAUGUUAUAUCAUUGAAAAUGCUAAAAAACACCUUUCCAUAUGUUAUGAACGCUGCCCUGAUCUUGAGAGCACUUUCAAUAGAUGCAUCUUUGAAUGUUCAUCAAAGCAAGAGUUUGAGUCAGAAUGGAAUUUGUUAUUAGACAAAUAUGGCCUCCUAGGAAAUUCAUGGCUUGAUAGGCUAUUUGUGUUACGUGAAAAAUGGUCUCAUUUGUUCUUUAACAAUAAGAAGGCCUUCACUGCUGGAGUAGAAUCAAUAUUAAGCAGCAUGACCAUUAAUACUGUUUUUCAAACUUUACAGGGUACUGACAUCAUGACUUUACCCGGUCUUGUUCGGAAAUGUGUUCAAGAAGCAGAGAAGAGGCGUUUAGAAGAAACAAAUGAAGAUUUUCGUACUUGCAAUGAAACAGUGCCUUCUAAAUCAAGAAAAGGGUUGGAGGAGCAUGCAGAGGAUAUAUAUACCGGCACAAUAUUGAGAAUGUUCGAGAAUGAAUAUGUUAAAAGCAUGAACAUGGAAAUGGAAGAAGUUACUAGUUUGGAAGGUGUUUCCAUGUUCAAAUUCAUCGAGAAAAGCUGCAAGAAGGAUGAAGGUGUAUCAUUAAUGUUUAAUAGUUUGGUUCCCUCCAUUGCAUGUGGUUGUGCAAAAUUCGAAUCAUUUGGUAUUCUAUGCAGUCAUUCUUUAAAGGUGCUCUAUUCAAGAAAUGUAUCUCAUAUACCAGAUAAAUAUGUGCUGAGGAGAUGGACAAAAUCUGCAAAAAAUGGGGUUGUGAUGGAAGACCAGAGAGAAGAGAUGGCUGGUGAGAGCAACAGGCAAUCGAGUUUGUAUUCAAGAAAACUCAUGCACAGAGCUUUACAUCUCAUUGCUAAGAGCGCACUAAGGAAGGAGACAAGGAGAAUAAUGGAAGAUUGCCUGGACACUGCACAGAAAAAGGUGGAAAAUGUUUUGAAAACAAAAGGGAUUAAAGAUUUGAGCAUAACAAAUUUCGAAGUUGAUUGUGAAGAUGACUGUGAUGGCUCAAUCAACCGUGGUGGUUACAAAAGAAGGAAAGGGAUUGGAUCAAAUUCCUCUUUUAUCAGUCAAGAGGAAGGAACAAGGAAAAAGAAAUGACAAAUAACAUCUAUUUUUUGCUUAUACAAAGAUGCCUGGAAGAUCGAUAAACAAGAGAGACCGUGAGUUUAUCAGCUAGAGCAUGAUAUAAUAGACUAUUAUCAUUUACUAUCUAAUUACAGAUUGCUAGAUGUUGCUGAUAUUAACUGUUAAGUACUGCCAUCUCAGAUUCAGCAGUUAAGUCAAAGUACGUGUCAGUCUUAGCACUAAACCGAAGAAACACUGUUUCAGCUUGUUAUAAUAUUAGCUCUCUAUAUAAGUUCUGGUUUAGUCUCUGUAAAAUUCUAUCUUUUUCAUUACUAAAUACAACUCUUUGAUGUCUAACUAA